AUGUCCACAUCGACCAUCGAGCUCAACCGCCUGCGGAGACCACCUCCACUUGCUUCAGUACGUUUCUUCACCGAAGAACAGCGGUCUCCAAACGACAAUGGGUCUAGAGAGCACCUCGAAGCGCAGGCGCCGUUCGAUGAUGAAUCGCUCGAUAUACAUCCGCUGUGGAAACGACAUCUCUACCAACUUCUCGAACAGCCUACGUCUUCGCGGGCGGCCUUCGUCAUACAUAUGGCCAUUACACUCCUCAUCAUCUUCUCAGCAUUCGUGACGGUACUCGAGACAGUACCAGCUGUUCAUUCGAUCUCGACGAGGGUGUGGUUUGGGUUGGAGACGAGCCUCGUGGCGCUCUUCACGGUGGAAUACAUCGCUCGAUGUAUGGCGUGGAGUAAUACGUGGACGAGCCUCUUCUACUGGGUAUUCUCGUUCUACGGAGUAAUCGACUUGCUCUCGGUGCUACCAUACUAUCUAGAACUACUAUUACAACAAGAUACUAGUGUAUAUUUCCGAUUUUCAAUAUUGCGCAUGUUCCGUCUGCUGCGCGUCUUCCGCCCCUUCCGAUAUAAUCACACAAUUCUGCUAACUAUCGAGGUUAUGUACCUCUCCGUCCGACGCUCCCAACACGCCCUCCUCGCCAUCGCUUUUUUCGUGAUCAUGAUCCUGACGGUCUUCAGCACAUUACUUUACUUUGCCGAACGCGGAACAUGGGACGAGCUACUCGGGACGUUCAUCAACACAGACGGAGACCCUUCUCAAUUUUCAUCCAUUCCCUCCGCAGCGUGGUUCGUCAUCGUCACUAUUACGACCGUUGGAUACGGCGAAAUCACGCCUCGGUCGUUCCUUGGCCGACUCAUCACCCUUCCGUUGCUCGUCUUCGGCCUCCUGCUUAUUACCCUGCCGAGUUUCGUCCUCGGGCGCGAAUUUAGUCUGGUGUGGGAGGCGAUGACGAAAGAUCGUGAAAAUGAACCCAGCAGCACCAUUUCGCCGUACCCGCCCAUCUACUCAGCAACACGGCACGAACCUCCACCGCGCACGCCGAGGGACCUCUCGAAUCUGAAGCUCGCCCAGAACCAGACGGAAUUGAGUAGACAAAUCCAGGAGCUUGCAGCAACGGUGGAGUCUCAAGGGAAAUUGCUUCAUAGACUGCUCACGAAGCUGGAUGUCGACACGCAUGUAGACCCGGAGGUGAAGUUGGUGGAUACGCUGGGAUAG